AUGACUUUUCUUUUCUUUCUCAUUUCCUUCUUCUUCUUCUACUCUUCUUCUUCUCAAAAAAUUUGCCCCAAUUGUGGCCUCCAAAAAGUCCCAUACCCAUUAAGCACUAACCCCAAUUGUGGUAAUCCCGAUUACACUAUCAAAUGCCAAAAUCAAAAACUAUACUUCAAUGCCCUAAAUGGAACUUCAUAUCUUGUCCUCAAAAUCAACCCCCAAACUCAAAAACUAGUGAUCCAAACUCAACCAUGGUUACCUAACCAAUGUAUAACUCAAGAUUUCCCGGUUAGUGAAGGACUAUGGUUAAACCAAUCACUCCCAUUCAACAUAUCAUCCCAAAACACCAUUUUCAUCUUCAAUUGUUCCCCUCGUUUACUUGUGUCCCCUCUUAAUUGUACUCGGUCAAGUCUUUGUCAUGAGUAUCUGGAAAACUCGGGUAGGGUUGACCCUGCCCGAGUUCUCCAAUGUGCAAAUACAAUCAACCCAUGUUGUACUUUCAUUGCCGGAGGUCUCCCGUCGGCUUACAAGAUCCGGUUACAUUCCUCCGGUUGCCGGGCUUUUAGAAGCAUUAUAAAUUUAGAAAAAGAAAAACCCGCGAAAGAAUGGGAAGAGGGGGUUGAGAUUCAGUGGGCCCCACAGCCGGAACCUGUUUGUAAAACUCAAACCGAUUGCUCCGGUGAGUCCAAGUGUGAAAUUACCGAAAAGGGUAUAUCCCGAUGUAUUUGUAACCGACGUUAUUGUUGGGAUCACGUCCUCGGAGUCUGCUCGAAAAAGGGUAUCUCAAAAACUGGGUUUCCGGUCAAGAUUUCCAUCGGGGUGGUCUUGUUUUUUGUGGCGGCGGUGGUGAUGGCCACCGUGACAAUCAGAAAAUCAAGAAAAAUUCGCCAGAAAGCUGAGGUGGCGAAAAAAAGAGAAGAAUUGUUCAAAUCGAACACCGGGAUGAAAUCCGCAAGAAUGUUUACGUUAAAAGAAUUAAAGACAUCAACAAACGGGUUUUCAAAAGAUCGAAUUUUAGGAAUCGGUGGAUUCGGUGAAGUUUAUAAAGGCAAUCUGCCAGAUGGCACGAUCAUAGCCGUUAAAUCUGCAAAAGUAGGCAACAUAAAAAGCACACAACAAGUCCUUAAUGAAGUCGCGAUUCUUUCUCAAGUCAACCACAAGAAUCUUGUUCAACUUUUGGGAUGUUGUAUUGAAGGCGAACAGCCGCUAAUGAUCUAUGAGUUCAUUUCCAAGGGUACCCUUUACCAUCAUUUACACAAAGAGUCCUCCAACUUUUUAAAUUGGCAAUUAAGGGUUUUGACUACGAAAAGAGCGAUUGAUUUUGAAAGAGGGGAAGAGGAUGUGAAUUUGGCGGUUUAUGUGGCUCAACGGGCAGAUUUGGUUAUGGAGGUGGUGGACCGGCGGUUGGUUGGGGAGGAGCCGCCUGAUCCAGUGGUGGUUAGUGUGAAAAUGUUUUGCAAGCUUGCUCUUGCUUGUUUGAGAGAGAAGAAAGGGGAUAGGCCAAAUAUGAAAGAAGUGGUUCAAGAACUUCAAUCUAUAAUUGAUGUUUUAAAUCAAGAAGAGGUUUCAAGUGAGACAAGUGUAGUGUCUGCAGGUUGA